AUGAGCAUCUCAAAUGACACAGAUUACAACAACAUUGUGUUCACAGGAACACACUACUGCUACGAGUCUUUAAGAGGAUCCUGCGAGAGGUUAUCUAGACCCCUGAGCAUACAGUUUCUCAUGUUCUUGUUCAUGGGGUUUACCAUACUGGUAACAGUGAGUGGGAACCUUCUGGUCAUCACCUCCAUAGCACACUUUAAGCAGCUGCACACAUCCACAAACUACCUCAUCCUCUCGCUGGCAGUGUGCGACUUCCUGCUGGGAGUGUUUGUGAUGCCCUGCAGUGCAGUACGCUCUGUCCUGGGCUGUUGGUACCUGGGUGACUUCAUGUGCAAAAUCCACACCAGCACUGAUAUCAUGCUGAGCACCUCCUCAAUCUUUCACCUGUCAUUCAUCUCCAUUGACCGUUACUUUGCCGUGUGUAACCCACUGAUGUACAGGUCCAUCAUCAACUCAGUCACCAUCCUUAUUAUGCUCACCACCAGCUGGGUGAUCCCUGCCAUAUUUGCCUAUGGAAUGAUCUUCUCUGAGCUCAAUGUAAGAGGCAGUGAGGAGUUCUUCGAAGUACACGUGAAGUGUAUUGGAGGCUGCCCAGUGUUCUUCAGCCGAGCCUCAGCAGUAGUUGCCUCAACGUUCUCCUUUUUCAUUCCCGGCCUGAUCAUACUGACCAUUUACCUGAAAAUAUAUUUGGUUGCCAGAGGACAGGCUAGGUCCAUUAAAGAUCUGGCACAGCAGUUUCGAAUGGGAGGGGAGAACGAGUCCAGAGCAUCUAGGCAACGAGAAAGAAGAGGAGCGAGUACCUUAGCCAUAGUGGUCGGAGUCUUCCUCACCUGCUGGACGCCAUUUUUCCUGUGUAACAUCAUUGACCCCUUCAUUGGCUACUCUAUUCCUCCAGUGUUGGUUGAUGCUCUGGUUUGGUUUGGUUACUUAAAUUCUGCUUUUAACCCUGUGGUUUAUGCCUUCUUUUACAGUUGGUUUAAGAAAGCUUUGAAAAUAAUCAUAUGUGGUGAAAUAUUUCACAGGGGUUCUUGUCGGAUGCAACUGUACACUGAAUGA